GACGGAGCCUCCUGGUCCUCUCAUAUAGCGGCGGCAGGCGUUGGGUGUGACACUACAACGUGGAGGCGAGAACGAGGCGGACACAGAAGCGAGAAGACACCGAGAUAAGUCCAGUCCGUAAAGAAGCAAGAGUCAGGACCAUGAACUCCCACACUCCCAUAAUGACGGUGGUCGCGGCCGUUGUGGUAUUGGCGGGGAUCACGUCAGCCGCCUACAUUCCCUCCAAGGCCCCCUCAGAGACCCCUUCCAAUACCCAGGAUGACCCCACACACCUGUUGUCCACCUUCAGGAGUUCGCAGAAUGAGUUGCUCCGUGGUCCUGAUGGCACCUACAGAUUCGCCUUCUCACUCCCGCAGCAGGAGAGGACCGAACAGAGGGACGAAAACGGAAAGGUGACCGGUUCUUACGCCUUCGUGGAUCCCGUCGGAGAGGAAGUGUCUGUCCGCUACACUGCCGAUCAUGAUGGCUUCAGGGCCGAGAGUGACGCCCUGCCGAAGGCACCUGAAGACACUCCUGAUGUGGCUGCCGCUCGCGCAACGUUCCUGAAUUACUACGACAGGACCGCCAAGCUUCUCGAGGCCCUGAACGAGGAGGAGGACUACAGCUACGACGACGACGAGAGUUCCAGCAGCGAAAGUGACUCCAGCUCCAGCUCUCAGGAAGACGAUGACGAGGAAAGCAAUGAAGAGGAGGAGGAUGAAGACGAGGAGGAGGAAGAAGAAGAAGAGGGGGAGGAGGGUGAGGGUGAAGAGGCUGAGGAAGAAGAGGGUGAAGAAGAGGGGGAGGAGGGAGACUUCCAUUUUGCCAACGUGAAUGAAGAGGAGGAAGAGGAAGAGGAGGGAGAAGAGGAGAACUACGAGGAUUUCUACUACACUGAUAACGAAGAGGAAGAGGAAGGAGCAGUGGAAGAAGAAGAAGAGGGUAAGGAGCAAGAAGUAGAAGAGGGUGAGGAAGAAGUGGGAGAAGGAGAAGGAGAAGAAAAGGCGCAACAUAAGAAGACGCACUUUUUCUUCAGUUCCCCUUCAACAUCCUACAGCGGCUUCUCAAAGAAAUCGGGAAGCAGUGGUUCUCUCUUCCCGAAUUUCCUUCAGUUUUCCUCCGGCAAGCAGUGAGUAGGAGUCCUUGGCAGGGUCCUGAAGGAGUCCUACGGUUUCCCACGGACUCCAAGACCUUCCCUUCCUUGACCUAUCGCUGAAAAGGGUAUUAGAGAUUCUAUUAUUAUUUAUGGAUUUGAAUAAAGAAUCAGUUAGUGUAUUUGUGUGAACGUGUGUGUUGUGUGUGUGUGUGUGUGUGUGUGUGUGUGUGUGUGUGUGUGUGUGUGUGUGUGUGCGUGUGUGUGUGUGUGUGUUCUCAUGAGGUGCUUCUUAUAGUAUUUAUGUAGACUUUAAAAUAUAUAUGAGAGAGUAUUAUUUUUCUUGGGAACAGGAAAUGGUAAUAAAAAUCUUCACAAUUA